AUGCGCAAUACCAGACACCAUGGGGCCACAGCUGGGCGCCGUGUAGCUGCUUCAGCCCACGACACAACCGUGGCCACCAUGGCACUCCAUGCUCCUUUUCGAACUGAUUCAAAGAGGACACGCGCCCCCUCCCCUCCGCCCCUCGAACGAUUCAAGGGGUUAUAUAGAUUACAGGUUUGGUACAGAUUGUAUUCUUUAUUGUAUUAUGAACUUUCUCUUGCACCUUGGUUCGUUUUGAUAAUUUGGAGGAGAACUGAAGAGUUUGGAGCGUUAGUGAUCGUGAGAAAAAAAUCCAGAAUAAUUAGAAUGAUGAAAAUAGCUAACAGAUAA